AUAAUAUAUGGGCCUCGUUUUAGGGAAACCUGGCUUAAUGCAUGUGCAUGCGCAGUUCGUACAGGCUUAUAUGCACUGUAUGGAUGGCUGAAAGUGGCACAAGACCUGAUGAACCGGAAAGAUUUCGAAGACAGGGCAAUGUGUCCAGCAAAGGAGACCUGAUUCAGUGGGAAAAUACCUCCGUUGAGACAUGCACUAUACUGAGCUGGCUCGGUUACGGACAGGAGAUAAUACAGGCUCGGAAAGACGCAUAUCGGGAGUUAGGCAAGCUGUUAACUGCACGGGAAUGUGGAGAGGCAACGUAUAUUAUUGCGGGUAGCAAAGGUGAGGGGCUGAGCAGCUUCUUGGAAAGUGAUGUGGAUCAAAUGGUUGUAAAUAAUAGAGUAUUCUGUUUAGAAGAUGUUGUAAAGUCAAGUGCCUUUCCUGGGGAGAUAACCGUGUUGAGAUCACUCAGCCGCAGGAGUUACCAUGGUCACUGUAGACUGCUACUGGAGAGACGCGGUACAAUAAUUCACAGGGAAGUAAAUGAUGCGUUUUGUGAUGACGGAUAUGGUCGCGAACUUUUGAGCAGUGACUUGUUUGUUAAUAACUGGUCGAACGAACGCUUGGCUGAGGGCACUGUGCAGCAUGAGCGUGCGGGACCGUCAAUUCCUAAUACAAUGCAUGGACACUUGCACCGUGACAUAGUACAUGCAUUACAUUACUACUGCCCCAACAUUCUGUCAAAAUGGGCCGCAAGACCUCGCCACUGGCCGCCACCGGAAGUCGCUCAGAGGGUCGUAUCACUUGGGGCGGUUCUUACGCCUGUUGGAUUUAAAGGGAGUGAAUAUCAACAUGUUGAGUGGAGAGUGUGUUUUAACGCCGGUGAGAUCGAACUAAUUAGCAAUCUUAAUGACACUCAAACCAAAUUGUAUGUUUUAUUGAAAAUGAUAAAGAACGAUGUAUUACAUCCACGUAAGAAAGAAGUUUCAUCGUACACGUUGAAAAACAUCGUUCUAUGGAUGGCGGAAAAUAAUCCUCAAGCCUCGUUUCAUAAAAAAAGUCUUUUGCAGUGGUUGCACGAAGCAUUGGAUGCGCUUAGAGUUGCAUUGAUCACCUUAGAGCUACCAUACUAUAUGAUUCCAGAAAGGAAUUUGAUGGCAACCUCUGGACUGGAUGAGGAACAGCAACGCACAUGGAUAUCAACGAUUACAGAUAUGCUCAAUGAAGGUCCGAAGAUGAUACUUAGACUUCCUAAGAUACGAAAAGCUCUCAUUGCUCAUCCUGAACCAUUACGAUGGUACAGCGGGAGGAGAAUUGAGCUGGAGUUGCUGAGCCUCAUGCGCAUGAACAGAGCGGCAAUCUGCUGGGAUGAGAACGGGGAGUUUGACCAAACCGAUGCGAUUUUGCAGGCAUUAGAGAGACGAAGAAACGAGGUUAUAACGGAUGUUUGCGUGAGGAUGAUAAUGGAAGGGAGUCGAGUUAUCAACGCACAGGCUAUUUUUGAUCGAAUUAUGAUGUAAAACGUUAACGAUGACGAAUAGAUCAGAAACGAGGCGCGGACAACAAGUAUUUAUAACUUUUGAGUACAUAUUAUCUUAAACGAAUCACCGAUCAUUGUUGCCGGGAACGUGAAAAUUAUACAACUUAUCGUAUUAGUGAUUUGUUUGUUAAGUAAUUGAUGUUUGACUUGCAGACGUUUGUUUCACUUUUUAAAAAUAUGCACAAUUUUACAAACGAUUUGUUUACAGUAGGCUGUAAACUUUACCGAAACAAUAAAUUUCGAUACAUUUUAUUAAAAAAUGUCAAUCGGCUUCGCAUAGAUAACAUUAGUUUGCAAAAUAACGUUAUGUAAAGUAAUUUUGCUAUAUUGUAUAUAUCUUAACAAAAUAUGUACGUAUCGCGCUUGGAAACCAGCGGUAUAAUUUCAAGUUAUGCAUAUAUUUCUAUCUCAUCUUCUUAUCUAAAUGUUCACUUGGUUUAUGGUUGGUAUUGUUAACGCAUUUGCACUGAAUGAAUAUAUGUGUUACUGGCAGUUACUGAAAGUCCACUGGUAUUGUUGUAAUUGCUGUAAAUGUAUUGAUAAUAUUCUUGUUUUUCUGGUUGAGUUGAAAUAAUUGUUGUGAUUUGUAAUAUUGAUAAAAAAGUAUUGAACACAUUGUUGCACUUAUCGAUAAAAAUGGUGCAUAUCUGUGUUCAUUCCUAUUUUUAAAAUGUCUUCAAUAACGCUAUUGUUGCAUUCACAAAUAAGAAAUAAAGUGCAGUUGUUUUAUGCGCAUUUAUUAAACUAUUUUUCAUGUGAAUGUAUAAUUGCUCGUGUUUUUUACUGGACAAGUGAAUGUAAACUUUUAUUGAACACGGAUAAUCUGUUUUCAUUAAAACACAUAGUUUGUAUUGAAUCUAAAGAUACAAAGAUAUAUGUUAUUGUAUUGAUGUUUUUAUGCGGAAAUAUUUUCAUACAUGAUAAACGUAAUGGUUGAUUUUCGUUAUUCUAGUUAUACCGUUGAUCUCGUUUUGCUCUAAGCGUGUGUAUGCUUUUGUUAGUUUUCUUUUUGUUAGUUUUUAGCGAGGCUGUUUUCGGAGAAAACCCGAGCUAUUGUCAUAGCCAGCUCGUCGUCCGCCGUCCGCCGUAGGCGUCGUGCUAAAACCUUAACAUUGGCCAUAGCUUUUUAAAUAUUGAAGAUAACACCUUGAUAUUUUGUAUUCAUGUGUAUCUCAUGGAGCUGCACAUUUUGAGUGGUAAAAUUUCAAGGUGAACAUCAUCCUUCGAGGUAUAGGGUCGAAAAAACAAAGUCAAGAGAAGUAAUAAGCUUUAAAUGGACAUAGUUAUCUGACCUGCCCACGUAUAUAUUUUUGCUAAAUUUAUCAAAGCGGCGCAGUAGGCGGCAUUGUGUUUCUGACAAACAAAUUGUGGUAAAGGUCAAUGUCAUCCUUCAAGGUCUACGGUAACAAAUACAGAUUUAAGGGAAGUAAUAAGCUUUAAAAAGGGAGAAAAUUAUUUAAUAUUGAACAUAGCAACUUUAUAUAUUUAGCAUGCAUGUGUAUCUCAUGGAGCUGCACAUUUUGAGUGGUGAAUCUACAGUCACGGUAGUGCUACUAAAAUAGAGAAUGGUUACAGACAAUUAUUUUCAAGGGAAGUAAUUUAUAUAAUUAUAAAUCUCAUAUUAUAUAUUUCCUUAACAAUAAUUGAAGUUCUUUUCACAGUUACUGUACAGAUUUAUUAUUUUGAUUAUUUAUAACCCAAAUGAUUGAUUUGUCAAAGUUGUUUUUAAUGAUAUAAUUAUAAUUUCUUUGAUGUUCAUUACAUACCUGUGGACUGAUGUCCAUAGAUACAUGAUUAACGCUGGCUAUGAUACUUUUGCCUCAAUAUAAGAGCAUUUGAGUUUUUGAACGGCCGUGGACCAUCCAUGAACAGCUACACGGUGCUGAAGGACACUGUCCUUGGCUUGGUUAUAGGUCCACGGGCGUAGAUGUUAGUAGUUUUUGUAUUGUUCCGUAUCGGUUGGAUCGUGAGGGGCACUGUGGGAGAAAAAGGACAUGUUCUACCAUGGCAUUUGAAAUGGCAUUUAAUAAACACUGAUAUGUUCUGGUCACACUUAUAUGAUUGUUAAGCAUAAGCACAUUUUUGAAUUACAGUUUAUUAGAGGUAUCCAGUUAACAUCACUCUUACGCCAUUGGCUACACGUAUGUUAUGGCCAUUAAACUGUUGAAUUUAUACUAA